AUGGAGUCGCAUAUUGCAUCUCACGCCUUUCGCGACGCCACCGUCGCCCGACUUGCUGGGGCGAUCAAGAUCCGUACCGAGACUUUUGACGAUAUGGGCGCCCUCGGCGAAGACCCCCGCUGGCUGGUUUUCGGCGACUUCGAAAGGUAUCUGCGCCAGACAUUCCCUCUGGUGCACAAGGUUCUCUCCGUGGAGCACGUCAACACGCAUGGUCUCUUGUAUACAUGGAGAGGCACAGAACCAGCCCUUAAACCGACCGUUCUUAUGGCUCAUCAAGACGUCGUACCGGUUCCGAACGCGACUAUCGGCCAGUGGCAGCAACCGCCAUUCAGCGGUGCCUUUGACGGCACCUACAUAUGGGGUCGAGGUACAGUUGACUGCAAGAACACUCUCAUCGGCAUCCUCGAGUCGGUCGAGCUCCUCGUUGAAGCCGGCUUUCGUCCACGCCGCACUGCCGUCCUAUCAUUCGGUUUUGACGAGGAGGUUUCAGGUCCUCAGGGCGCAGCGCACCUCGCGCCAUUUCUCGUCGACCGCUACGGCAAGCACGGGGCUGCGCUGAUCCUUGAUGAGGGCGCGGGUAUCAUUCCCACCUGGGGUAAGCUCUUCGCGUUGCCGGGCGUCUCGGAAAAGGGCUACCUAGACGUCGAGAUCAUUAUUCGCGCCCCGGGAGGCCACAGCUCCAUGCCACCUGCGCACACCAGUGUCGGCAUCGCCGCUGAGCUGGUCUCCGCCAUAGAAAGCGAACCGUAUCCGCCUGCAUUUCACGACGAAAAUCCUUUUUUGGACUUUCUUCGAUGCGGUGCCGCACACGCUGCGGAGUUUCCUAUGCCCGUGAGGAUGCUGCUGCCAAAAAGAGGCGAGAAUACAAUUCUGCUAGGGUUUCGCAAGAGCUUGUUGGCCAAACUGGUUGCCAGGGGCGGUGAGCUGAUCCGGAGCUUGUUCACAACGACACAAGCGGUGGAUGUUGUGCACGGCGGCGUCAAGGUCAAUGCUCUUCCUGAGCGAACGGGCAUCAAGAUCAACCACAGGAUCAAUAUUGGCGAGACCUCUGGUACGAUCAAGGCAAAACUUUCAAGGCUGGCAGGUCACGUUGCUAGCAAGCAUGGCCUUGCUCUGCACGCUUUUGAUGACGAGGCCGAGUCGCCCUUGUCUAUCACACUGCGCGUUGAGGGGAGCAUUCUCGAACCAGCUCCCGUCACACCCACUGACCUUGAGGAGGGUAGAAGAUCAACGCCAUGGGCUAUCUUGUCGGGUACGACAAAAGCCCUGUACGGAGACCACGUGAUCGUGGCGCCUGGCCUCAUGCCAGCCAAUACGGACACCAAAUUCUACUGGGAUCUCAGCCGGAGUAUCUUCCGUCACUUCCCAGGUUGGGACCCUGAGUACGAUACGCUUGAUGGAAUUCAUACCGUCAAUGAGAAGAUCAGUGUAUCGGGCCACAUCAAGACUGUACAGUGGUACAGCCUGUUUUUGAGGAACAUGGAUGAAGCUGACAUGAACUGA